UUGGAGAGAGAGGGAGAGGAAAUAAAGCGUCUUUUUUCCAGUUUCAUUUCCCCGCAGGACUUGUAGUCAGGUGUGUUCUUGAGCUCUCAUGGCUGAUGUUGUGUUUCUCCGCGUUUUGUUUUGUGUUUUAUCAGCUGCUGGUUGGAGCUCCGUCCUGGCCGGGCGCAGUGAUGUGAUGAAGCUGAAGGACCUGGAUUUUGACUACAUCGCAGCCGAGCAGGAGACCAUGCUGGUCAAGUUUUAUGCUCCCUGGUGUGGCCACUGUAAGAAACUCGCUCCUGAGUUUGAAGCUGCUGCUACAAGACUAAAAGGCAUAGCGACGUUAGCCAAGGUGGACUGUACGUCAAACACAGAGGUCUGUGGGCGAUUUGGGGUCACCGGAUACCCUACUCUUAAAAUAUUUAAGAACGGAGCAGAAACAUCGACAUAUGAUGGUCCACGUUCAGCAGAUGGCAUCGUGGACCACAUUAAAAAGCAGGCGGGGCCCGAUUCCAAGCUGCUGAACAAUGAACACGACCUGGAGGCUUUUAUCAAUCACUUUGAUCCUAGUGUAAUCGGAGUGUUUGAGAGCAGUGAUGGUCCUCUGCUGCUGGAGUUUCUGAAAGGAGCCAAUCUGAUGAGGGACAGUUUUCGUUUUGCUCACACCACUGACAUGCAGCUCGGCCUCAAAUACAACCUCACGUCAGAAGGUGUCUUACUAUUCAGACCUCCCAGGUUGGCUAGUAAGUUUGAGGACAGCGUGGUACCACACAGAGGCUCGUUUUCCGUCACCGGGUUACGCCGUUUCAUCAGAGACAACAUAUUUGGAAUCUGCCCUCACCUGACCAAAGAAAACAAAGAUCAGCUGCGGAAGAGAGACCUGCUGACGGCGUACUAUGACCUGGAUUAUCUACACAACCCCAAAGGCUCCAAUUACUGGAGAAACAGAGUACUGAAGGUGGCGUCUCAGUACAAGGAUCACGGCCUGCACUUCUCUGUAGCUAACCGCCGAGAUUUUCUGGACGAGCUCGAAGAAGAGUACGGUCUGGGAACGACAGAGGGGAGCGACAUGCCUUUCGUCACAAUCAGGACUCGGUUAGGACACAAAUACACCAUGCGUGAGGAGUUCACACGAGAUGGAAAAUCUUUAGAAAGGUUUUUGGAGGAUUAUUUUGCAGGCAGACUGAAACAAUAUAUAAAAUCAGAGCCUGUACCUGCUAACAACAAGGGUCCAGUUAUGGUGGUCGUCGCAGACACGUUCGAGCAGAUUGUGAACGAUCCAGAGAAGGACGUACUGAUUGAAUUCUACGCUCCGUGGUGCGGCCACUGCAAGAAACUCGAACCUAAAUAUACAGAACUCGGACAGGAGCUUGCUAACGAUCCCAGCAUUGUGAUCGCUAAAAUGGACGCCACUGCUAACGAUGUCCCGCAAGGCUACGAUGUAGAAGGAUUUCCAACGAUCUAUUUUGUUCCCGCUUUGAAGAAAGAUGAACCGAGGCGAUACGAGGGAGGCCGUGAGGUGAAGGACUUCCUCAACUUCUUGAAACAGGAAGCAACCAGCUCACUGGUGCUCAAGGGGGCGAAGGAAGAACUGUGAUUUUUUGGAAUUUUUGUUUUGUUUGAAGCGUCUCGUUUUGUCUGGUUGUGCUCUAAUGGAAGUCGCACAGGAACUCCAGAGGUGACGAGAGGGAGCAUGAACUUGGUCAUAUUUACAAAGAAACAAUUCUCAGGAAGUGAUCGGAGUUACAGAAGUUUAUAAACGUUCGGUUCUGUAGGUUUCGAAAACCUUUUGGUGAAAUUGAGUUUUUCUUUAAAUACGGUUAAAAACGUAACACACACGUGGCUGGGAAAUAAGAAAUCACUUAUAGGGUCUGAUGCAAAGUAGAGUUACUUACGUUUUUUUAUAACAUUGUUUUCCUCUUACAUACUUUUAUCCAUUAAAAGUGUCAUUUUUUUAAGCGUCCAUCAUUAGCAUUAGUUACUGUAAUGUGGAUUUCUACAGUUUGAGGGAAAUUAUAUAUAUAUAUAUAUAUAUAUAUAUAUAUACGUGUAUGAUGUGUAAUAGAUUUUCCCAGACCAGGUCAGGGGUUCCUGUGGCCUUCUGCUGUUCCACUACUGAUUUCUAUUUUCUUUUCCCUCACCAUCUGCUGUACUUUAACGUGCGAGUUGUCAUCCAUGAGUCGCGCCAUCUGACUGCAUUCAUUUGGUUGUAUUGUACAUUUAUUCAUUGCAAUUUGUUUUUAUAAACUGUAUUUGUGUGUGACACUGCUGAUUAAAUAAAUCUGAUUUGAUUAUUUUCCUGGG